AAUUUGCAAUAGAGUGUGAAGGAUGACGAAGUAGAGGAAGAUGAGAGGAAAAUAACGGUAGCAGAAGUCGCAGGGAAGAAAGAAAGGAUUGGGUUCACUUACCUUUUUCCUUUUCCUCUUCUUCUUCUUCUUCUUCAUCUUCUUCAUCAUCAUCUUCCUUUCUUCUAUCAAUCACAAUCCAUUAUUCAAUUCACAAUUCAACCUACAUCUUCAGAUUUCUUCUCCUUUCUCUCCAUCCACCGUUUCUCCCCCCUAAAAUAAUAAACAAAAAAAGAUUCUUAUUAAUUUUAUUAUUAUUAUUUUUUCUUGUUUGACUCCGUUGUCUGAAUCGUUUCUUCUAGAAUAGGGUUCAGGAGCCACAGCUAUGCAGAGCCAAAUUGUGUGUAAUGGUUGUAGGAGCAUGCUGCUUUACCCUAGAGGGCCAACCAAUGUUUGUUGUGCAUUGUGCAACACAAUUACCCCUGUUCCUCCACCUGGGAUGGAUAUGUCACAACUUUAUUGUGGAGGCUGUAGGACAUUGCUAAUGUACACACGUGGAGCUACGAGUGUCAGAUGUUCCUGCUGUCAAACUCUAAACCUUGCUCCAGCUCAUGUCCCUUGCGGGAACUGCCGGACAACACUCAUGUAUCCUUCUGGAGCUCCCUCAGUCAAAUGUGCUGUGUGUCACUAUAUUACUAAUAUCAAUAUGCCCAAUGGAAGGCUUCCAAUUCCUGUUCGUAGACCUUAUGGGACAACCAACUCGGGAACAUUACCUUCUACUUCAACAUCAAUGCCCCAAUCUCAGAGUCAAACAGUGGUGGUAGAAAAUCCAAUGUCUGUUGAUUCAAGUGGGAAAUUGGUGAGCAAUGUUGUUGUUGGUGUUACAACAGAAAAGAAAUAAUGCAGUCAUGCAUAGAAGAUACAGUAUAUGACGCAUAUUUGCAGUUGCUGUCACACGAAGCUACUGUAUGUGUAUUUGUAUAUGAUAUUGCAGCCUCCGAUGGUUUCAUUCGAAUGAAUCCUUUCUUUUUCCAAUAUACAAGGGUUGGCCGGAUAUCACUAUGUAUGUAUAUGAAGAGAACAAGUUGUGAAAAGGGAUGUGUGAUUGUUUCAUUCUUGUUGCAUCGCGACUUAACAAGUCGCAGACUAGCAAAUGUUAUUUCUUUCAAAACUUGUUAAGCUUGUGAUUUUUUUGUUGAUGAUCUGUUAGGACCAUGUUUGGAUAUUUGAUUCAUUGCAUUGCGUGAUAUAAUAACAGAUCUUGUUGAAUACUUGAGACUGAA